AGGAACGCAGGAAUGUUCAAUUUGCCUUCUUAUUUGGGAGGAAAUAUAGCAGGCCAUGGACAACAGGACGUCAACACCCCAAUAAUGUCUCCCUACCUCAACGUCAACCCAAGAUAUCUCAACUACGAGCCAGAAUUUAUAUUUCCCCAAGGAGCUAAACGACAGCGAGGGAGAUUGGAAAUGUCCUUCUCACAAAUCGGGGGAUCGGUCAUGGUCGGCGGUGCCUUUGGAGGUGCCAAGGGUCUCAUUAGCGGGUUAAAUGAAGUAAAAGGUGAGCGCGGGAAAGUUAUGAGAGUAACUAUUGUCAACCACGUUGCUAAAAUGGGUGCUUCGUAUGCUCAGUCUCUUGGCUGUGUGGGUCUUUUGUACAGUUCUCUCGGAACUAUUAUAUCAUAUGGACGAGACGUGGAGGACUAUUGGAAUACACUACUUUCUGGGGUCUCAACUGGGCUGCUAUUUCGGUCGCCUGGAGGUCUCCGGAGUUCGUUGAUUGGUGGGGCAUUUGGUGGUGCUAUUUCUCUGAUGAUGGUGGCCUGCACUCACUUUGAUGAUAUUCGUCGGCGUAUAUUCUGA